GGAGGGAAGGGCGCGGAGAGCCGCCCCGCAGCCCAGGUGCCGUGCGGGAGGGACGGAAGGAGGGAGGGACGCCCCUGCCCGCCGGGGCGCGCAGCCCCUGCCGCCCCCAGAUUAGAUCUCUGACAAUGAAGCCUUUUACUGCGUAUGCCUCUGGGUUUAUCGUGUUCCUGUUUGCCUUGCUGCAGAGGAGCCAUGGACAAUGCAAAGAAGCAGCUAAAAAAUCAGAGAUGAAUCUUGGUGUAAAAUACGAUCUUCCUAACUUCAUUGCAGACACACCAAUUCAGAAUGUAGUUUUAUACAAACAUCAUGUUUAUAUUGGAGCAGUCAAUAAGAUUUACGUACUAAAUGAAACUCUCCAGAACAUUUCUGUGUACAAGACUGGGCCUGUUUUGGAGAACCCUGACUGUGCACCAUGCGAAGACUGCCGAGAUAAAGCCAAUUUAUCUAACAGCAUAUGGAAGGAUAACGUCAACAUGGCACUGCUUUUAGAAACUUAUUAUGAUGAUCAGCUCAUUAGCUGUGGUAGUGUGUCCGGAGGCAUCUGCCACCGUCACAUCAUUCACCCUGACAACCCUGCUGACAUUGAAAGCGAGGUGCACUGCAUGUACUCACCCCAGGCAGAUGGAGAAGCGGAUAACUGUCCUGACUGUGUUGUUAGCACUUUAGGAACCAAAGUUUUGGUGACCGAAAAAGACAGGUUUGUCAACUUCUUUGUUGGAAAUACUGUGACAUCUACAUUUCAACCUCCCCAUGUGCUGCACUCAAUAUCAGUUAGAAGAUUAAAAGAAACACAGGAUGGUUUUGAGUUUCUCACGGAUCAAUCUUAUAUAGAUAUCCUCCCUCAGUUCCGUGACUCGUAUCCCAUUAAGUAUGUCCAUGCCUUUGAAAAUGAUCACUUUGUCUAUUUUUUGACUGUACAGAGAGAAGCUCUUGACUCACAAUCUUUUCACACUAGAAUUAUCCGCUUCUGCACUUUAGACUCAGAGAUGCGUUCCUACAUGGAAAUGCCUCUUGAGUGCAUUUUUACUGAAAAGAGAAGGAAGAGGUCCAUCCGAAAGGAGGUAUUCAACAUUUUGCAAGCUGCCUACGUAAGCAAGCCUGGUGCAGCUCUAGCACAUGAAAUGGGCCUUGGGCUCAAUGAUGAUAUUCUCUAUGGUGUUUUUGCACAAAGCAAACCAGACUCUUCUGAACCAACCAACCGAUCUGCUGUCUGUGCCGUCUCUGUGCGAACCAUCAACGAGUUCUUCAACAAGAUUGUUGACAAGCAGAACAUGAAAUGUCUUCAGCACUUCUAUGGGAAAGACAGCAAAUACUGCUUGAACAGGGCUUUUUCAAGAAACGCUUCGUACUGCAGAGCACAAGAUGAUGAAUAUCGCUUAGAAGUUACGACUCCUCUGCAGAGGGUUGACUUGUUCAUGGGCCAGUUCAACAGUGUCCUGUUAACUUCAAUAUCUGUCUUCACCAAAGGGAACCUUACCAUUGCUAAUCUGGGAACUUCAGAGGGCCGCUUCAUGCAGAUAGUGGUUUCCCGUUCAGAACCCACAGCUCCACAUGUCAGCUUCCAGCUAGACUCCCACCCCAUCUCUCCCCAGGUUGUUGUCAAGAAUUCAUUAGCAGAUGAUGGCUAUACCCUGGUAGUGACUGGGAAAAAGAUAACAAAGAUCCCUCUGAAGGGACCAGGCUGCCAUCACUUCAGGUCCUGCAGCCAAUGCCUGCUGGCACCAGCCUUCAUGCAGUGUGGCUGGUGCAGCCAGCAGUGCCUCAGGUCUUCUGAGUGCCCCAGCAACACCUGGACCCAGGACACCUGCUUGCCUAGCAUUUAUGAGAUUCUCCCAAGCAGUGCUCCCAUAGAAGGUGGGACAAAAUUGACACUGUGUGGAUGGGAUUUUGGAUUCAGCAAAAAUAAUAGAUUUGAAUUAAAAAAUACAGUAGUCCAUAUUGGGGGGCAAAUUUGUCCUCUGGAGGCAAAAUCUAGCAACAAAAAUAGGCUGGAAUGCACAGUUCCUCCUGCAAAAAGUCCAGGUUUUAAUAUAUCCAGUAGUGUUUCUGUUGGACAUGGCAAAACACUGUUCAAUACAUUUUCAUACGUGAAUCCUGUAAUAACAAGUAUAUCUCCCACCUAUGGCCCCAAAUCUGGAGGAACGUUGCUGACUGUAGCUGGAAAAUACCUAGAUAGUGGGAACUCCAUGAGGAUUUUUGUUGGUGAGCAACCAUGCACUUUGAAAAGUCCCCCCAGCACAUCGGCGAGCGCUGUGGAGUGCUACACUCCAGCACAGCAAAUUCCCCAGGAAUAUCGUGUGAGAAUGGAAAUCGAUGAAGCUAUUCGAGACACAAGCAGACAUUUCACAUACAGAGAAGACCCAGUUGUUUUAAACAUUCAUCCAGCCAAAUCUUUUCUUAGUGGUGGAAGUACAAUCACAGCUCAGGGAAUCAACUUGAACUCAGUGUGCUUUCCUCAGAUGGUGAUUACUGUACCUAAACUAGGAAUGAACUUCUCUGUGGCAUGUAACCACCGCUCUAGCUCAGAGAUAAUCUGCUGUACAACACCUUCACUGAAAGCUUUCAAUCUCCAACCACCCUUUGUAACCAAAGUGUUCUUUAUUUUUGAUGGUGUCAGCUCCCUGUACUUUGAUUUUGAUUACGUAAAUAAUCCUGUAUUUAAGCAUUUUGAAAAGACAGUGUUCAUCUCAAGAGGCAACCAAAAUGUUCUGGAAAUUAAGGGAAAUUAUAUUGAUUCAGAAGCUGUUAAAGGCGAGGUGCUAAAAGUUGGAAAUAAAAGCUGCGAAAACCUUCUCCUGCAGUCAGAAUCAAUUCUGUGUACGGUUCCCAGCGAUCUCCUGAAAUCCAACAGUGAGCUAAAUAUAGAGUGGAAGCAAGAAGUUUUGUCAACAGUUAUCGGAAAAGUGCUGGUCCGGCAAGAUCAGAAUUUCACGGGACUAAUUGCUGGAAUUCUUUCAACAACAAUCCUAAUUUUUAUCUUUUUGGCCGUUUUCUUCUGGAGAAGGAAGAAAAAACAAAUUAAAGAUCUGGGAAGUGACCUAGUUCGUUAUGAUGGCAGAGUGCACACUCCUCACCUGGACAGGCUGGUGAGUGCAAGGAGUGUAAGUCCAACAACAGAAAUGGUUUCAAGUGAAUCUGUGGACUACAGAUCAACUUUUCUAGAAGAUCAGUUUCCAAGCAUGUCUCAGAAUGGAUCGUGCAGACCUGCCCAGUAUCCUCACUCUGACCUCUCCCCGAUUCUGUCCAGUGGAGACUCAGAUUUAGCCAGUCCACUUCUUCAGACUAAUGUCCACAUUGACAUCAGUGCCUUAAAUCCUGACCUGGUCAAAGAAGUGCAGCAUGUGGUUAUUGGUGCUGACAGUCUGAUUGUGCACUUCAGUGAAGUAAUAGGAAGAGGACAUUUUGGCUGUGUGUACCAUGGGACAUUGCUGGAUAACGAUAGCAGGAAAAUUCAUUGUGCUGUGAAGUCACUGAACAGGAUAACAGACCUGGACGAAGUAGCUCAGUUUCUGAAAGAAGGAAUAAUCAUGAAAGAUUUCACUCAUCCCAAUGUUCUGUCACUCCUGGGAAUCUGUUUGCCCAAUGAAGGAUCCCCAUUAGUUGUUCUUCCAUACAUGAAACACGGAGAUCUUCGAAACUUCAUUAGGAAUGAGACUCAUAAUCCUACAGUAAAAGAUUUAAUUGGAUUUGGCCUUCAGGUCGCAAAAGGAAUGAAAUACCUUGCAAGUAAAAAGUUCGUCCAUAGAGAUUUGGCAGCAAGAAACUGUAUGUUGGAUGAAAAAUUUACUGUCAAGGUUGCUGAUUUUGGUCUUGCUAGAGAUGUCUAUGAUAAAGAAUACUACAGUGUGCACAAUAAAACAGGAGCUAAACUGCCAGUGAAAUGGAUGGCUUUAGAAAGUUUACAAACCCAGAAGUUCACAACAAAGUCAGAUGUGUGGUCCUUUGGUGUAUUAUUAUGGGAACUUAUGACACGAGGAGCACCACCUUAUCCUGAUGUAAAUUCUUUUGAUAUAACUGUUUACUUACUACAAGGUAGAAGGCUGCUGCAACCUGAAUACUGCCCUGAUCCACUGUAUGAAGUCAUGCUGAAGUGCUGGCAUCCGAAACCUGAGAUGCGUCCAGCAUUUUCUGAACUUGUUUCAAAAAUAUCAACAAUCUUCUCCACUUUUAUUGGGGAACACUAUGUUCAUGUCAAUGCUACUUAUGUCAAUGUGAAGUGCAUUGCUCCCUAUCCUUCUCUUCUAUCAUCACAAGACAACACAGACGUGGAUGUUGACACAUGACGGGUAUGUCUGAAAUUAAGGAAAAUCCAUUCUUAGUUGUAUGAACAAAAAGCAAAACAUUUUGUCCACUAGUUUUUACUGCCCGGUCUUUGUGAGAACACUGUUGCACAUGUUUAUGUUGUUGCCCAAGUUGCACUAGUACAAGGACACAAUAUCAUCUUGUUUGAGGAUACAGGAUUCCAUAAACCAUCACAGUAAUUUCCAAGUGUUUGGAGAACACCAUCAAUUUACCAAAUGGAAAUGUGGUGGGCUACCAUCCAGAGCUGGUUCCCACAAAAUGUCAUUAAUGUGUGCUCAGACCCAAGAACAAAUGCCAUGAAAGUAGAAUAUCAAUCAGUAUGGCUGGAAGGACUGUUACUGUGCAUGUACUUUAGAAUAAUGAACAGUGCAGAAAUGGUUUUCACACAAAAGGCAAGAAAUGCAAUAACAAGAGUUUAAAAUGUAUUGUCAUCCCACAUGGGGAAAACUUUGGAUUUUUGAACUACAUCAGCAAGGUUUCAAAGAACCUGGGCAGCCAAUAUAGCCAGCCUCAUGGUGUCUUAACAGAAAUCAAAAUCAAGAAAUGGUGUGCAGUAAAAUAAAUAUACAAAAGUAUGAUUGAGUAAGGAGUGGGUAAGGAAGAUUAAGGCAAAACUGGACCUGAACCUGGCAAGGGAUGCAAAGAAUAACAGAAAAGGCUUCUACAGGUACAUUAAUCAGAAAAGUAAAGCCAAAGAAGGUGUUCCCCCUCUGUUAAACAAUGCUGGUGGACGAGAAGUCUGAGGUACUUAACUUUCUUUCCUCAGUCUUCAAUGGGAACAUCUCUUCCCACAUCUCUUGAAUGGAUGGACAAUAGGAUGAGGACUGGGAGAGCAAAGCCCCUCCCACUGUAAGCAAAGACCAGCUUCAUGAACACCCAGGGAACCAGAAUGUGCACAAGUCUAUGGCACCUGAUGAAAGGUAUCCCAGAAUCUGGAAAGAAUUGGCUGAUGCAGUUGCCAAGCUGCUCUCCAUGAUUUUCAGAAAGUCAUGGCAGUCAGGGAAAGUCCCAGGUGACAGGAAAAAGGGGAGCAAUGUAUCUGUCUUUAAGAGAACAAAGAACAACCCUGGGAACUACCAAUUGUCAGCCUCACCUCUGUGCCUGGGUAGGUCAUGGAACAGAUCCUCAUAGAAGGCACAUGAAGGCACAGGGCGGUCCUUCACCGGGAUUCAAGACAUCAGCACAAUUUCUCCAAGGGCAAAUCCUGCCUGACCAGCCUAGUGGCUUUCUAUGAUGGAGUGACUACACCAGUAAAGAAGGGAAGGGCUACCAGCUGUCAUUCUGUAAAGCUUUUGCCAUGGCCCCCCACAACGUCCUCUAAAUUGGAGAGAGAUGGAUUUGAUGGGUGGAGUGUUAGAUGGAUGAGAAAUUAGCUGGACAGUCACAUCCAGAGGAUAGUGGUCAAUGGCUCAGAGUCCCAAUGGCCAUCAGUGACAAGUGGUGUCCCUCAGGGGUUUGCAUUGGGACCAGUGCUAUUUAAUGUCUUCAUUAAUGACAUAGACAAAGGGCAUGAGUGCACCCUCAGUAAAUUUGUAGAUGACACCAAGCUGAGUGGUGCAGCUGACACACCUGGAGGAUGGAAUGCCAUCCAGAGGCACCUGGACAAGCUCAAGAAAUGCCAUGAGUUUUAACAGCACCAAAUGCAAGGUGCUGCUGCUGGGUCAGGGCAGCCUCUGUACCACCACAGGCUGGGGAAGAACAGAUUCAAAGCAGCCCUGCCAAGGAGGACUUGGGGUGCAUGAGGGGCUGGACAUGAGCAGGCAAAGUGCCCUCCCAGCCCAGAAAGCCAAAUGUGUCCUGGGCUGCAUCAAGAGCAGCAUGGCCAGCUGGUCAAGGGAGGGG